CGACUUCACAAACACACGACAUCCUCACGAUCCCACGCGUUGUUGCUUCCUUCUUUCCCCCAUCACUUGCCGGUCGAAGCUGGUCUGUCGGACGCAUUGCGCCACCCUUUCCUGCCGGACAUUGGCUCAGCGCAGCCCGCCUUGUCCCCUCCACCUCCACCACCGCUGUCUGCAGCAGAACCAGCAGCAGCAUUGCAUCGGCCACGGACGCACGCACCGCUCCGCCAUCUCCAGGUUCGCUCCCCGAGCCACACAAUCACAAUCACAGACACAAUGUCGGAGACUGCACCUACGCGGGGCAGAAGCUCCGUCAGAGGAGGCCGCGGAGGCUUGGGCCGCGGCGGUCCUCGUGGUGGCAGAAAGGUCAAUGGCACAACAAACGACGCAGUGGAAGAAUCACUCGAAGACCAAGGCGAAAUCGGCGAGAUGAAGAAGAAAUACCAAUCAGAGCUCGUCAUGCUUAAGGACAUGUUCCCCGACUGGACUGAUACCGACCUCGUCUUUGCGCUGGAAGAAGCUGGCGGUGACGUUGGUGCCACUGUUGACAAGAUUACGCAGGGCGCGGUCUCACAAUUCGCUGAAGUGAAGAAGCCCAAGGAUCGUGCUCGCUCGAAAGUUCCCGCAGACGCAGCUACUGCAGGUGCCAAUGACCGCUCAUCUUUCAGCGCACGCGGCGGACGUGGCCGAGGUGGAUUUGAAGGCGGACGUGGAGGGCGCGGUCGCGGAGGUGCCGAGCGCGGUAGAGGUGGUUUCCGUGGCGGACGCGGCGGUCACACGACCACAAACGGUGUCUCCAAGGAUGCCUCUGGAGCAUCUGUACCCACCACUGAGUCGACCGCCUGGGACACGCCGGCUUCAAAUGAAGCAUCUGGCGGCUGGGACGACACCCCCGCCGAGCCGAUCAAGGACACAGUUGACACGGGCGACAGCGUCACCGGCACUGUGACUGCAGUAGACCCACCACCAGUUGCAAGCUCGCAACCAGCCAAGGCCAAUGUACCAGAGCAAGGCGGUGCUAAGAAGAGCUGGGCUAGCAUGUUUGCAAAGCCCAAGCCUGCUCCUGUGCCGGUUCCACAGAAACAGAUAUUGACGAAGCCUCAGCCUGUCGAGCCAAUAGAAGCAGAAAAGUCGCAGCCGGAGCCAGCUCCAGCUGUCGCAGAGCCGCCAGUCGAAGCCCCAAAGCAACCAGAGCCCAUUGCCGAAGCGACACCUCCGACCGCAGCAUCUGUGCCCGUGCCGGAGCCAGCUCUCCCAAUCGCAGUGCCUGAGACGACCUCUGCUCCUGAUCCAUUGACUGAAGAAAAUGUCGAACAUUUGCCAGAUGAGUCGAAUCCUCCUGCCACGCAGACGGUCGCCAGCACCGCCGGCUCAGCAGAUCCACGAAACCUCACCCCGCUUCCUACGCAACCCGCACCUAUCGGACGACCACCAGUGGGCGGCUAUGCCACUGUCGCGAAUCGUCUUGCAGGUACAGGAAGCAGAAGUGCAAGCUUCCAGAGAAGAGUGCAAGAGCAGCAGGAAGCGGUGGUCAUGCCUGGACACAACGCGGUUGAUAGAGCUGCUGUGCAAUUCGGCAGCAUGGGGCUCAACGGCGAAGCUGGACCAGACGUUGACGAUGAGCGAGAAGAGCCGGAGACACGACACGCUCCACAACACUCGCCCCCAGCCCAACCACGAACCUCUCUCCCUCCCGCUCCUCGCCAGGCUGCAACUGCGCAGGAACCUCUACAGGACGCGCAGCCACAAGCCAUUUCGCAGGCCCAGCCCACACCGAAGCAAGCACCUGGGUUGCCUCCUGCAUCAGCGCAAAACCAGCAACAGAUCCAAGAUCCUUCACUCGGACACGCGCCCUCCCAAGAUCAGCAGUUCGCCCAGGGAUACAACCAGUACGGCCGUGGUUAUGGUCAACAUCAAGGCACACCUGGCGGACAACAAGAUACCGCUGCACCACAGCAGAAGCCCUACGAUCCAUUCGGCCACCAGUCCCAGCCAUCGCAGUAUGACCAAUUCGGCCCCAACUCGCAGCAGCAGCCCCACCAGCACCAGCAGUCUGGCUUUGGCGGUCUUUCCUCCGCGCCUAACGAUUAUCCAUCGUACUAUACCAGUGACGCUGGUCGCAACUACCAGCAGUACUAUGGAGGGGCAUAUGGUGGCCAAGACGGCAGGCAACAGCUUGGACAGCCACAAGCUCAUGAUCCAGCGAUCGGACAACAACGUUCGGCAAGUGGCUAUGGCGCAGGAGGCAACGAGGCUGCAUUUGCCUCUCAAGGUAUCCAGCAAGCACCAUCUCGCUUCGCUGAAGCUCCUGGCUCUGGCAACAACACUCCAAACCCAAUUGCUGCAGCCCAGCAGCCGCCUCAAGCUGCUCAAGGCCAGCACUCGUUGCAACAACAACCCGCGCACGGCCAACAAGGCUACAACAGCGCGGGCUACCCAUAUGGACACCCUUACUACAACAGCCCAUAUCAACAGGCAUAUGUCAACCAGUUCUCGGGCUACGGGUCCGGUUACGGAGGAUCAGGCUAUGCCGGCGGUCAAGGCGGAUAUCAAGGAAAGCAGCAACAGGCCGGCAACAUGUAUGGUGGCCCUCACAGCUACGGUUCCUCCUACGAUCAGCAUUCCUCAUCUCCUGCUAAUGCGCACGCUUUUGGCCAUAAUCAGCGUAGCACCAGUGGUAUGGGCUCGCUCGGCGGCCUCGAGGAUUAUGGCCGCAGUUCUGCUGGACCUGGGUCGCAUCAACAGAGCAGUGGCUAUGGCAGCAUGCAUGAUCCUUUCGCCCGCUCGGCCUCCGGCUUCGGUGCACAGGGCGCUUAUGGCCAGCAGAGCAUGGCUGGCCAGGAGGAGUCGCUGAAGGCAUACGACAAUGCCAAGAGCGGCCCAUCACCUUCACUUGGGCAACCAGGACGUCCAGGAUCCGCCGCCAACAGCGCCGCAGGCAACGCGCAGACUGGACUUCCGCCGCCACAGCAAGGCCAGCACUCUGCAUUCGGCGGAGGCUACCCUGGGUUCUCAGGCCAAGGCAGUCAGUACGGUAGCCUUGGAGGACUUGGUGGUCACCAGCAGGGUCAGCAGGGCGCUGGCUAUGGCUACGGUGGCUUUAACCAGACCUAUGGUAGCUACGGCCAGAGCAGAGGUGGCUGGGGACAGAACUAUGGCGCGCACUAGCAUGGCGGCCACGAUGAACAAGGCGUAGAAGUUUCGUCUUCGUUCAAGAUCUCCAGUGCCAACGCGAAGGAGAAUAGAGAUGUACACGGCAGGUUCUUACCUCAUCUUGGUCAGCCCCACGAUUCCUCGCGGUCGUCCUCUGGAGCAUUUCGACCAAGUUAGGCAACGGAAAGCUGGAGAAGCCGGGCAGCGCGCCGGACAGCCUUUGUACUAUGAUCAUACCACACCUUUUUUGACACGUUAUGCGCGACACACUCGACUCCUUUUUUCACACUGAGACACAACACAUCAUGCUUGCAACUGGAACUUUUAGGCGCACCGGGACGCGAAGACGAGGGGGCAGACGGUGCAUUCGACGCCGCCCACCAAAAGCUGGAAUAGCAAAUGGGAACCUUGAAUCAGGCGUUUCUUCUACCUGGGCUAGUGUAGAAAUGCUCACGAGAGAUUGCAUGUGACAGUAGCAGAGCAUUUGGCUGGGGGAAUCUGUAGCGUUUGUCACGUAUAGCUGAAUGAAUUGAAAGUGGCUGCUUGACGGCCUUUACGGC